UGCAGAAAAAGAACGUGCCAGAAGUUUCAACAUGUUUCCGUGGUCAAGAAAAGCAAUCAAGAUCUGUGGAAAAAAAGACAUCGUUACCUGCAUUGCGUUGUGUAAUGUCGUCCUCUUGGCCGGUCUUUUCUAUAGCAUCGUACGCCGUACUGUCAAGGGCGAGAAGCCGAGUACUAAAGAAGAUUCAAGCACUAAUGUAUUCACAGAAGAAUUGGUACAAGGGAACAAAUCCGAAUGGAAGGUCAAGCACGCAUGUCGUAAAGCGAGCCUCAGGAUACUGUAUUUUGUGCACACGGCACCCAAGAACACCGAGAAACGUCGCUGGCUUCGCAAGACUAUAGCUGAUCCAAAAAUUGCGUCGGUUAUGAAUUCAGCCAUCGUUUUCUUUGUGGGAGAGACAUCUCAGCGGGACGAGCAUGAGGCAGUGUUAGACGAAGCGAUUCAUGAGGGAGACGUUGUGGUGCUGAACUUCACGGACACCUACAAGAACCUAACACACAAGUUCCUCCUUGGGGCGAAGUGGGUCUCCGACAACUGCCGUCUCGACUCUGCAGUGACGAUCGUGAAACUGGAUGACGACGUCUUAGUGAACGUGUUCGCCUUGCUGUCGUACCUGAAGAGCGGCGUGAUGGCGCUGACCGGAUUUCAUUGUAAGGUUGUGAGAGGUGCUAUGCCCUUCAGGACACAAAAAUCUAAGUGGUACGUUAGCGAGAAGGAUUUUCCACAGAAAGUCUACCCGCCGUAUUGCGCUGGUGCGGCGUUCAUUAUGCAACCAACUGUAUUAUUCGCGAUAUACCAUGCUUCAAGACAUGUUCCUUUCUUUUGGGUAGAUGACGUGUAUGUCACCGGCGUCGUGGGCGAACAUGCUAACAUCACUCUUGUAGACAUGUCUGAGAGUAUACUACUGGGUGAGGGUAAAAGUAAGCCUACUGUAAAAGACGCAACUGUCUUUGUUCACACAGGUUGGUCCACUAGUAUCAGAACCGAUAUGGAGCAAAUGUGGAACCGUUUCAUGCAAUACAAUCAGACAGUGAACCAUAAUUUUAACACAAAUGUUGUUGUAUAUUAUCGUAGCGUUGGCUAAAAAUGUAAGCAGACUGCAUUUUGUGCAUGUGAUCAUGAAGUGCAUUUAUAAAGAACUUGAGCAAAGUACCUGUAGAGUUUCGUUUUGGCUUUGCAACCUUUCACAGCGCCCCAUUACAGCAAAUUAUAUGCUAUGAAGGAUGGCGAGCAGUGUUUUGAUGCCUAAUUUAUACUUAUUAGGUUGAAUAUUUUCCCCCUUGGUGUGACAUUUUAAGUACGCGACUUUUCCUUGCAGCUUAUGGCUUGCGGGAGCCUCAAAAAUAUAAAUGAAGAUCAAGCCUGCGUUACCUUAAUGCGGCCA